AUGGACUCUAAACCUACGACCCGCCAUGCUAUCGUUGUUGGAGCUGGUCCUGUGGGCUGUCUGGCGGCCAUGGCGCUCGCCAAGCAGGGUUGGGCGGUAGAUGUGUACGAAGGGCGACCUGACAUGCGCUUGCCUUCUUCGAAAGCAGCCGCCCAGCAGCGUUCAAUUAACCUCGCUAUCUCGUCCCGCGGCAUUGCUGCGCUGAAGGCGAUUAACCCAGCAGCGUCCGACCGUUUCCUGAAGACUGUAAUCCCUAUGCGCGGGCGCAUGAUUCAUGACGCGCAGGGGAACGAAAACAGUCAGCUCUAUGACCGGGACGGACAGUGCAUCAAUUCCAUCGACCGUGCUCUCUUGAACGAGGACUUGCUUGGAGAAGCUCUGGCAACUUCCAACGUCCGCGUCUUCUUCCGCCACAAAAUUCAAUCCAUAGACUUUGACCGCCGCACAAUCAGCAUCAACGACGCGGAAGGAGGCAGGACGUUUCAGGAGAACUUCGAUCUUUGCAUCGGUGCCGACGGCAGUUACUCCAUCGUCAGAAGACAGCUCAUGCGUGUUGUGCGAAUGGACUUCGAGCAGCAGUAUAUCCCACAUGAAUAUAUCGAACUCAAGAUGCAGCCAGGCCGCGACGCACAAGGUAAUGCGACCUUCCGCAUUGACCCCAAUCACCUACACAUCUGGCCGCGGCAUUCGUUCAUGUUCAUCGCGCUACCUAAUCAGGACAAAUCCUUCACCUGCACAUUGUUUGCGCCUACGUCGGAAUUCGACAAGUUGAAUAGUCCAGACGCUAUUAUACCGUGGUUCAAGCAGUACUUCCCCGACGCUCUGCGGCUCAUCGGCGAGGAAUCAGUCCUCGAGUCGUUCGCCAGGAACCCACGCAGCCCUCUGAUCACGAUUAAGGCAAACCCCUAUCACUACAAGGAUCGUGGCAUAAUUCUCGGCGAUGCGGCACACUCCAUGGUGCCCUUCUAUGGACAGGGGCUCAAUUGCGGUCUGGAAGAUGUUCGUGUGCUACACGUUUUGUUUCAAGAAGCUGGCGUCGACCCCUCGUUGGCCGAUGAUGAGUUUCACGCUCGACUCGAGAAGGCCCUCUCACUUUAUUCCGAGACGAGGCACGAAGAUCUUGUCGCCAUCCAGAAACUCGCCAUGGACAACUACGUCGAGAUGCGCCAUGCGGUGGCGACGACCUCUUACCUGUUGCGACGCGCAGUUGAUAAAUUCCUUUACACGAUUAGCUCCCCGAAACCCGUUUUCCUCGACAGUUUGGCGCCGACGCUCGCAAAGAUUCCGUUCCCUACGCGUCGACCGACCGGUUGGUUGCCAUUGUACACCAUGGUCACCUUCCGGCCAGAUAUCGGUUACGCGUCGGUGACCAAGAAGAUGCAGCAGCAGUCGCAGGUUAUCUCGAAUUUGGGAUAUGUUGCCACUGGCUUGCUGGGGGCUGCAGGCGCGGGUUUGGCUUGGUUGGCGUAUGUUCAUCGGAUACACAAGCUCCUGUCCCGGUAG